AUGCCCUUGCAAUAUGCUGUUCAGAAGAGAUCUCAUCCACCUCCCAUUCCUAUGGAUUUGUGGCUUGCCCUGCAAGAUGUUUGGUUGACUGAGUUUUGUGAGUUUCCCGCCAGAUGGACUGGUACCUGGUUUCAAACAGGGGUUCAUCCGCCUAUCAAGAUACAGAAAGAUAUUUUCUCACUUAAAGGAAAAUGUCUAGCUGCUGAUAGUCACAAGUUUUUUAUUGAAGACACGAAGGAAAAAUGCUUCAGGUGUGUUGCAAUAUAUGAAAAGCAUCCCAAUGUUUUACAAUACAGAGAAACAUAUUGUGAUGGGUACAGAUCUCUGAGACAAGCAUGCUCUGUCAUUAAUGCCGACGCACCUUUAUAUUCUUUAUUUCGUGUGGAUGCUGAGCCAGUGUCGUGUGAACUUCGUGGCCCUUUCACCUUCACAUAUACCAGAGGACGAGGAGAGUGUCACUAUCCCGUAUCCACCAUAGAUUCUUGCACCGAUGAUUCUCAUUUACUGUUCAGGUUCCAAGCUUGUGCUGAUGUCUUAGGCACAGAAAGCAGUGUGGAGGAGCUAACAUGCACAGCUGUGUGGAAAGAAGGAUCUGCACAUUAUUUGGUGGGAAAAAUAUCUACUAGGAAAAGUUUUCAACAAUCGUUCACAGAGAGCAAUGCUUAUCGAUGUUUCGUUUUCGAUUAUCUGCCGGGCAAAGAACUCAUUCAGAUGUCUCAGUCUGCCGACGGCACAUGCGACGGCCUCGUCUCGCCAUGGGAAGGGUCGAAGACUAUGAGACUUACGAAAAGUAAAUAUCCCACGAGUGGCUGUCAGUUUCCUUCAUGGGUCACUUCUAACCACAAGUGGUACACAUUAGACGGAAACACAACUUACACAUUCGGCUAUAAGAACAACUCUUUCAGGAUGUCACAUUUAAGCCAGAAGGAGCUGGACACAACAUUCAUAUGCAUUGAACAUAUUGCAAGUACUGCGAAUUCCAGCACAUUGGUUACGUACAGUACUUCAGGAUGCAACAACGGCUAUAUAUGUAUGAAAUUCUUCAGAAGGCACAAGCACAUUAUAGAGAUACAGCAAGGGGAGCUGGCCCGAAGUACACAGGAAUCGUGCUACUCUAUCUUCUCGGAUACAGGCAACCAAGAGUUCGUGACUUUGGUGGCGAGAUCUGUCACGACAUCUGGGUGUCCUCAACUCGUGGAGACGAACGAGAUUCGCGUGCAGGUUGUGAAAGGUGUAUCGUCCUCCUUCAAGCCCGAGUUGUGCAGAGAUCACUCGAUAAAAAUCGCUGGAUGUCGAUCGCAUGACUCUUUGGACUUUCUCAUCAGUUGCGCGUCCUACACCGACGUUAAAAGUUUCCACUGCCAUGGAUCAUGGGAAGAAAAUGGUAGAAACUACUUGGUGACUGGGCUAAGAAACACUGGCAAUAAAUAUUGCUUCGUGUACUGGAGUAAAGACAAGACUGCUCACCUCGCAGGAGUGCAUGACACUUGUAAGAGAAACUCGGAAACUGCGAUUACAGAAAAUAUAGUAUUCAACAUAUCAUCUUCAGGAAUGUGUGAUGCACUUCUAAGUGCAGGGACGCUCCAUCUGUCAACAUUGUUCUCCUUCAGUCUAAGUCUUCUUGUAGCCAUCAUUACUUGCUUACCCAUUAGGUGACAAUCACAUUGAGAAGAAGAUGACUUAACGUCUCUCAGUGCCUGUUUUUAUCGAAGAAAAUGAUUGAUGAACAAGAGGACCACAAAAUAAUGUCGUCAAGUCAAGUGAUUCGCAGAGUCCGUAAUUUCAAGUGAAAUCAGUCAUUGACCCCAGCAUCAAAUUUAGAGUUAUAACUACAACAUGUACUUGAAUUGGUGUCACUGCCCUUUCUUCAUUCCCUGCUUUUGUAAAAGUAACAUUUUGUAUCAUAUCGUUAAAAGGAAAAGCAAAUCAAAAACGGCAGACUUUGUGUGGUUAAAAUAUUAAGUAAAUUUUUUAGUGGAAAAGAGGGGUAUGCAAAACCCGUCUGAAGAAAAUUAAUUGUAAUUGUUUUUAAAUAUCAGAAGAAAUGUUACCUUAAAAUGUAUAUAUAUUUAACUAAAUCUAAAUAUAUAUUGCGUCGAAAUAAUUUAUUGCCAUGGUAUUAAAACGAUCGAUUAAGUUCA